AUACAUCUACAACUACGAAUCCCAAUGAAGUAAUUCCAGUCAUUCUUCGACCCGGAGAUAUUCUUACGAUGAGUGGACCUGCUCGAUACGAUUGGGCACAUGGUAUUGAGGCUACUAAAAUUGAUAUAGUUGGAGAUGAGAGAAUUGUUCGAAAAGUGAGAGUUUCAAUUACUUUGAGAAAGAUGAAAGAAAUACAAAUUUUGAAUCAAUGCGCUGAUAAGUAA